GUCCGGCGUCCCGGACCCAGCGGGCUGAGGGCGGAAGCAUGGAGCCAGGCGGUGGCAUGGAGGGCGGCCUGGGGCGCGCCGUGUGCGUGCUCACUGGGGCCUCCCGCGGCUUCGGCCGGGCGCUGGCCCCGCUCCUGGCCCGGCUGCUGUCGCCCAGCUCCGUGCUGGUGAUAAGCGCCCGCAACGACGAGGCGCUGCGGCAGCUGGAGGCCGAGCUGGGCGCCGCGCGGCCCGGCCUGCGCGUGGUGCGCGUGCCCGCCGACCUGGGCGCCGAGGCCGGCUUGCAGCAGCUUCUGGGCACCCUGCGCGAGCUCCCCAGGCCCGAGGGGCUGCAGCGAGUGCUGCUCAUCAACAACGUGGGCAGUCUUGGGGAUGUGUCCAAAGGCUUCGUGGACCUAGCCGACUCAACUGAAAUGAACAACUACUGGGCUCUGAACCUGACCUCCAUGCUCUGCCUGACUUCUGGCAUCCUGAAGGCCUUCCCGGACAGUCCUGGUCUCAGCAGGACCGUGGUUAACAUCUCAUCCCUCUGUGCCCUGCAGCCCUUUAAGGGCUGGACCCUGUACUGUGCAGGGAAGGCUGCCCGUAACAUGAUGUUCCAGGUCCUGGCCGCAGAAGAACCAACGGUGAGGGUGCUGAGCUAUGCCCCAGGUCCACUGGACACCGAUAUGCAGCAGUUGGCUCGGGAGACCUCCAUGGACCCAGAGUUGAGAAAAAGGCUACAGGAGUUGAAGACAAAGGGCGAGCUGGUGGAUUGCAGGCUGUCAGCCCAGAAACUGCUAAGCUUGCUGCAAAAGGACGUGUUCAAGUCUGGAGCCCAUGUUGACUUCUAUGAUAAAUAACCCCAUGUCCUUAGCUUCCUGGGGUUUUCUUUCCCCUCUUUCAGGCACGUCCAGGAGCUCUGCACCUCCCCAUAUCCCUCCAGAGUGGCACCGCCAGCCCUGCCUUACACAGAUAGGCACUCACGCCUGCUCUCCUGCCCUCAGAUCCAGAGCAGUGAGGGCGGCAGGUUGCUGGAGUUCCCGAUUCUUAGGUGUGUUGAGUUAACCCUGAGUUAAGAGUAGGUGUAGGUAAGCGAAGUUAUGAGUGUUGGUGUUCUCUCUCUCCAGAAAUAGAAUUUUAGGGAUGGGAAAGCAGGACAAGAAGCUGAAACACUGAAGAGAGGAGGCUGGGUCUCCUGCCUUUGGCCAGUCCAUGGGGAGAGGGAGGGUGAGCUGGUGUCAAAUUGGUGGGCCCGUGUAGAUUGACAGAUGGCCUGGAGGGGAGGCAGGAUGGGGCGAGUUCUGGCCCACAGGGAUGCCGCUUGCUCAGGGUAGCAGGACCUUCUGUUGAAACUCAUGUCCUCAUUCUGAUGUCUCUCCCUCCAGAACCUACUGUCCAUCUCCCAGACAGGGGGAGGGGACCCUUGAGAGUUUGUGUACAUGCCAAAGGCAGAUACAAAUAAAAUGUGGAUUGUCUUCUA